UAUCAAUGGUGGCGGAGAGAGGGUCUUUUGAAACGUAAAAAACGUGAAAAGUUGUUCUUCAAACGACAAAAUGCCUCCCGUUAGUGCAACUACAGAAGAAAAUAAAGAUGGAAGCGAACCAGCGCCAUCAAAACCAACUAUUGGUAUUAUUUAUCCGCCGCCAGAAGUGAGGAAUAUUGUUGACAAAACUGCAAGCUUUGUUGCAAGAAAUGGUCCUGAGUUUCAGACAAGGAUCAGGCAAAAUGAACAAAAUAACCCAAAAUUCAACUUCUUGAACACGGGUGAUCCAUACCAUGCUUAUUACCAACACAAAGUCAAAGAAUUUAAGGAGAAUGAGGGCAAAAUUCCUGAACCAGUCAUUCAACCACUCAUGUCCAUACCAACAACUAAGAUCAAGCCUGCAGUUACAGGACCCCAAAUGACCAUUGUUGAACCAGAAGUCCCCACUGAACCACCACCAGAAUAUGAAUUUCUUGCAGAUCCUCCCAGCAUAUCAUCCUUGGACUUGGACAUUGUGAAGCUGACUGCUCAGUUUGUGGCAAGAAACGGACGACAAUUUCUAACAAACCUCAUGAACCGAGAACAGAGGAAUUAUCAGUUUGAUUUCCUGCGACCCCAACACAGCCUGUUUAAUUAUUUCACAAAAUUAGUGGAGCAGUACACAAAGGUAUUGAUUCCACCAGGAAAUAUUAAGGAGAGAUUGAAAGAGAAAACUGAAGAUCCUUUUAAGAUUCUGGAGAAUGUUAAUUAUCGCGUCAGAUGGGCCAGACACAGGGAACAGGAGAAACAGAAAGUAGAAGAUGAGAAAGAAAAGGAAAGAGUAUCAUUUGCUCAAAUUGACUGGCACGAUUUUGUUGUCGUCGAAACUGUUGAGUUCAAAGACAAUGAAAUGGGUAAUCUACCUCCGCCUGUAACACUGGAACAGCUUGGGGCAAGGAUCUUAGAUCAAGAAAGAUCAGGAACUGAUAAGGGGAAAGACAUGGAAGGAGAGACCAAAGGCAAAGAUGAUGAGUACGAUAUGAUGGAUAUUGAGAUGGAAGACGAAGACGAAUCACAACCACCACCACCCCCUAAGGACACUCAAAGAGACAACCGUCCCCCGUCGCCCCCUCGCCCACAAGAGCCUCCACCACCCCAACCUCCCCUUCCACCCAUGGCACCUGGUACAAACAUCCAGAUUCGUAAAGACUACAACCCGAAACAAGUCAGAGCACCUGGAACGGUCCCCCCUGAUAACUACCUCAUUUCACCGAUAACCGGGGAGCGCGUACCACCUCAGGAGUUUGAUGAACACAUGAAGAUUAGUUUGUUGGAUCCCAAAUGGAAGGAACAAAGGGAUAGAUUUGAAGCCGAGAAGAAACAACAGGAGACUGUCUUUGCAUCAGGUUCCUCGAUGGAGAGCAAUUUGAAACAUAUCGCAGAGCGCCGUACUGACAUUUUCGGUAAGGGCGAUGUUGAGACAUUCAUCGGUCAGAAGUUUGGGGAAGAGGAUGUCAAACAGCCCGAAAAGGUCACGUGGGAUGGACAUACUGCAUCGAUUAGUGCGACUGCGCAGAAAGCUGCGGCUGGCAUUUCAUUGGAGGAACAGAUCGAGCAGAUUCACAAACAAAUUGGCAUGGUACCUGACAAAGAAAAAGAAGCGAUUGGUCCAAAGCCUUCAAAUAACCCCCCACCACCUCCUCCUCAUAUGCAACUGCCACGUCCCCCACCUCUCAAUCAAUCUUUAGCCAGACCACCCCCUCCCCCGGGAUUCCCAUCCAUGCCAAACAUGCCUCGUAUGCCACCGCUGGAACAAAGAAACCAACCACCACCACCUCAAAUGAUGAGACCACCCGUACCUCCCCCACAAAGAUUUAUGGGUAUUCCUCCUCCAAUGCAACCUCCACCAUUCAUCCGCCCGGAUGUGCAGGCUGCACCCCCAGUCAUCCAACCCGACGAGCCCGCGGCUAAGAAGUCGAAGGUCGACGCUGGACCAGAAGCUAAUCUUAUUCCAGAGAACAUCUUCUUACAAAAACAUCAAGGCUCCGUCAGGUUCCAAGUGCAAGUGCCUGAUAUUCCCGACAAAACUGAAUGGAAAUGUCAGGGACAGAAGAUCUCCUUGACUCUACCUUGGACGGAUCCGGUUUCUGUUAUCAAAGCCAAGCUACACGAAGAGAUUGGAAUGCCUGCAGGAAAACAGAAACUUCAACUUGAGAGUAUGUUUAUCAAAGAUUCCAACACAUUGGCCUACUACAACUUCUCACCUGCGAGCGUCGUUCAAUUACAAGUCAAGGAACGUGGUGGACGAAAGAAAUAGAUCAUGCUAUACGCAUGUCAGGUAAUGGAGAGGAAACUCACCGAGCAUAUUGAAAGAUACUACGUUAGUGUAGAAGACUAUGAACUACAGGAGGAAGCUAGGUUGGCAGUAGUAGAAGAUAUAAGACUAACCUACCUUGAGUAAAUAUACACAACAAAAGUAAGGCGAAAAUGUUUUCCCUUUGUAUAUAAAUGCAACUCAUUUUAACUUGAAA